AUGGAUGAAGUUGUAAUUCAUCAAUGCUUCAUCGAAAACGUCAACGCGAUUAUUCAUUUGUUUGGGAGCAUUCAAGAAUUUACAUGUGGAAAAUUGUAUUACAGAACAUUUUAUUUAGAUGAAAAAAGGAAUUCCCUUUACGUUGGAGCCAUGGACAAAUUAUUCAAAUUGAAAUUGAAUUCCAUAAGUCAUUCAAGCUGUGAGAGAGAUUCACUUUCAUUAGAACCGUCAGACGUUGGUAACUGCGUGUCAAAAGGAAAAUCUGAGUAUUUCGACUGUAGAAAUCACGUUAGAGUAAUUCAAGCCAUAGGUGACGGUUCUCGUUUUUAUGUAUGCGGUACGAAUGCUCAUAAUCCAAAGGAUUGGGUUAUUUAUGUAAGUUUGAAUUAUCUCAUUUUUUAUUUAUUUAUUAUUUUUUUUUUUCUUAAAAAAUUUAAAUUCCGAGUCGCGAACACAAGAAAAAGAAAUUUUAUAGGGGCAAAAUAG